AUGGAAAAUUCAGGCGCUUCUCAAGUGGUCGCAGCUUUGGAAGUAAUUUACGAUCCAAAAUCAGAUAAUGCGAAGAGAUUGGAUGCACAGAAGUUUUUGGACGAAGUGAAAGAGAGAGAAGAAUCGCCGUUUUGGGGAUAUGAAAUAGCUCUCAAUAACCCACAGAAUUCAAUAUUAAAACAUUUUGGAUUAGGGUUAUUGGUAAACGCCUUAAAGAAAAAUUGGUCGGGUUAUGAUGAAGAAAAACGGAUGGCAUUAAGAAAGUGGAUCAUUGAACUAAACUACAGGGUGCAACCGAAUGAUCCAAGAUAUAUUAGAGAGAAGCUAGCUUUCCUUUGGGUCGAAAUAGCGAAAAGGAUCUGGGGUGAGGCUUUGAAAGUGGAAGAACCUACUGAGGAACAGCUAGCCGAAUCGUGGGUCGAUAUGGAUAGAUGCCUAACAGAACUAUGGCAGAUGAAUGAGGCGUCUAGAGAGCUAGUUCUCAUAAUCUUUAGAACGCUUUUCGAAGACACGUUCUUACUUGAAGAUGUUGCCGUGUUGAAGAGAUUGCCCAUUAUUCAACCGCUCUGCAUAAUGAUUGUCUGCCCAAUGGAUGUCUUCAGUGUGAAAUACAAGUACUCUGGUAAAUGGGAGAUGUUCAAAUCCAAUCCAGAAGGUUGGUUUGCUCUUUUCACCAGUGAAUUAAAAGCAGCAUUAGAAGUGGAAAAUGCCCAGUACAUCGUUAGGUUGUUGGAAACUUUAAAGAGCUGCUUGAACUGGCCUUUGAGCGAAGUUAUUGUAUCCAAUGACGUAUUCUCUGCAUUGUUAGGGUGCUUAACAAAGGACAUACCCAAAGCCCAAUCUAUUGCACUAGAUUCUAUCCAUAUUCUCCUCACCCGUCCAUACAGUAACACAGAUCAUUACAACAUGAUUGUGAAUCGUGUAUUUGACAGUAUGGGUUUAAUGGACACUGUAUAUUCACAAUUGCUUUUCGAUCCAAUUGAGGGUAUCGAUGAGGCCAAAUAUCCAAUUAUGAAGAAGUUUGUGGAUAUGAUAACCUGUUUAUACACAUGCGUGCUCAAAAUAUCUGAUCUACAAAACAUCGAAACAUAUAUGAAGCUUGUUUUAAAAACUACUUAUAAUCCCAGUUUGAUUGUCAGCGGGCUUUCCUUAGAUCUCUGGUGUGCAUGCUUGAGAAACGAUGAAUUUUUACCAAUUUUAGAGAAAUUGGUUAUUCCCGACUUGUUGGAGUUUGCUGGAAAUGCUUUGAUUUACUACGAACAGAUUGAAGAUCAUGUCUCCAAGAAUUUCGUUGAAGUGGACUUCCAGUCGACAGCUGAAUACGAGAACUACUGUUCAAGCUAUAGAAAGAGAAUCAGGGAUAUUAUCCGCCUCAUAUCAUGUGUUCAACUAGACUUUGCAUAUGAUUGGUUAUGUGAGAGACUUAAUAAAUACUUUGGAUCUCAAUUUGGACAACAAGUUCUCAGUUCUACUUAUUUGGAUCACAAGUCGGAACCAUAUUUGAGUGCUCUGACUCAAUUUAUGAUUGUAGAAUGUUUCAUUAAUGGUUGUAUACGAUGGAAGAUAUGGUAUACAGACGAAUCAACUUUCAGUCAAAAGCUUGACGCAAUUCUUGCGAAAGUGGAAAUGUUAUCCAACCAACUUUUAGCAUUAAAUUUGAGAGAGCCAUUACUCUUGAAGAAACAAAUUCAAAACUUUGCAUUAUUCUUAACUAUUUUGAAGGACAACGUGCUUUUCACGUUAUUAGAAAAGAUUAUUACUACCGCUACUCUUGAAUACCCUGAGAUUGAUAUGAACGAGAAGAGCGAACAAUCAGAUGCAGUUCGUGAUUUGAGGUAUGCUUGCGGUAUUGAACUUAAUCGGAUGGCCCUAUUAAUGCCAGCAUCCCUACAACCAAUAUACCCUGAUCUUGAAAAUGUGGUUGCAGGCAUACUACCAAAGUUGAGCUCUCAUGAAACGAUCUCUUUCAAGUCAUUCUUAUUAACUAUUGUUCUUAAAUCUAAUUUGGAGAAUAAGGGGGAAAAAUUUGCCCAGUUAGUGGAUCCUGAGUUUGCUGCUUGGUCUGAUAAGGGGACAGUUGUUGGUUUGACGGAUCUUCCAUGGUUCCUUGAAAGACUUGGAAUAGUGAAAAUAGCAGAGUAUUUUCAGAGACGUAAUAUCGACGAAAAUAGUGACUUAUUGUCCAUUCAGAUGGACGAAGACGGAAAGAAACUUAAAGCAGAUUUAACACAGCAUUGGCAAACUAUAUUUCCAGUUCGUGCUACUAGAAUGUUUAUCCAUUAUUCCAUGCAGAGCGUCAAGGGCGAUGUUGAGUUCCGGAUGUUACAAGAGUUGUGGAAGCCACGUAUUGUGCCUAUCUUACCGUAUAUCUUAAGACUCCUAUUCCAGCUUCAAUCGUAUCAUAACCCUGCCAACUGGGCUUCACUGCCAACCGUUGUUCAGUCCUUCGUUCGGGUAUCUACUGUUGAAAGAUUCUGGGAGGCAGGUGCUACGAAUAAAUCCAAAGACGAAUUUAUCGAUGAGCAUAAUAAGGCUUUACAAACUGUGCGCGAUUUUGCUGAUUCUGUGGGUCACAUUGUUAGGUACACUAGAGAAUACGUCCUUUUGGUUCUUGCUUCUAUGUCGGGACUUGGAUCAAUUUUCUUUGAGGUAGAUAACCUGGCGAAUCUGAUGAUGGACUCAAUAGCCAUUUACACGCCGGACGGAGACAUAAGUCCUGGUGUUUCAACUCAUGGUUGGAAACAUAUUAUCAACGUAGCUGUGAGACCGAUACUCAGAAACUGCCCUGAUGAAUGUGCUCCGAAAUUUAUGUCAGCAUUUUUACCAAAACUAUUCAAAACACUAGAUUUAAUGUUGGAAAAGAAAUGGUCAACUCAUACCCAAAGUGAAGUAAAUCCACCACCGAGAGAUGAAGAAGAAAUGACCGAAGAAAUUCUUGAAGAGAACUUGUUACGCCAGUUCACCACUGUUGUUGUUCGAUUAUUGAUAGAUUCAAUUGGACAAGUGGGAUCGCAUACUCAGGCUUCAAAGAUUCGAGUCUCGGUUCAUCAAAUUAAGAUGCGUAAGAUUAUUUUCGAAGACAUCAAUAUUCUUGCCCCAUUUUUGCGACUAUUGAAUAGGCUCGUCUCAGUGCGAGACAGCAAAUGUUCAUUCAAUUCCAUCCUCAUUUUGAAAAGCUGUCUCUCCGAAACAUUAGCAAAACACCCAGAUGUUGAUAGAUUUUAUACUACCGAAGUUGUGCCAAAUUUGAUCAUGAAUGUAUUGACUCAAAGAGCUUUCAAGGAUUCGUUUUAUGAGGCUCUAUACGCUUUUACCGUUAUUUUCUUAACCCUUUCGAAGGAGUACGAUUACUUCAAUCAAUUCCUAUACGAGUUAUCCAGAGGAUACAACAUUGACGAGCUUUACACAAACUUAAAGCAAGUAGAUAAUUACAAAGAUCAGAGAGUAGUGGCUGCGGGUUUCAUCGAUUGGAUGAAAGAUAUCUACGGUGACCAAGAUGACUCUCACUUCACCGCAGAUCAUGAAGCAAAAACUAAAGAGAGAAGAGAAGCUAUCCUAGCUAGAGCUGGUGAGCAAUUACUAGGGAAAAAUAAACCGGAAUCGAACAUGCUUGAGGACCCUAAUUUAGAAGGUGACGUUCUCGGCGGCUUGUUCGAUAAUAAUUAG